AUGGCUCAUCGGAAUAGCAUUGGUCUGGGGAUCGUGCAACGUAGCUGCUUUGAGCAGGCGCUGCUGCUGGCGGGACUUGGCAUCCACGGAGCCCAGAUCUUCGGGGACUCCGAAGGGGACACCACUGCCCGCCCAGAUGCCCACGUCUCCCCGCCAGGGCAAGAUGCGAGCCCUGGCACGUGGAGCCCGAGGAAGUCCGCCGGCCGGCGGGAGGCGCCGGAGGCCACCGUCACGCGCGGGGGCAAUCGGCGGCCGGAAAAAAAGGACCGGCUGCGGGAGCAUCUCUUCACCGACGCGGUCUUUGGUCUUGACUCCGAGCCCGCUCUCACCGUCGACCUCAGCCCCGACCCCGUUCCCAAUCUGGCCUCGUCACCCUUCCCACGCUGCCCGGUUCCCGCAGCCUUGGACGCUACUGCGUCCUUGUCUGACUUCCGGGCGACGGAAGGUCGCGUGCGGCUGCUGCAGGUGGUGGACACGGAAUACACCGCGGACUCGGUGGAAUGGUGCCCGCUGGAAGGCCGCAGGCACUUGCUGGCCUGCGGCACCUACCAGCUGCGGAAGCCAGAGGACCAGCCCGCGGACCCUGAGAGCAAGAGUGGACUUGACCCUGACGAGCCUCCAAGCCGUUUAGGUCGUCUCUACUUGUAUCGUCUCAAUGCAGACAGCUCUGCUUGCCCCCUGCUUGAGAUCCAAAGAAGAGAUACUUCUGCAAUCUUGGACAUGAAAUGGUGCCACGUGCCGGUGGCCGGCCAUGCCCUCUUGGGUGUGGCAGAUGCUGGUGGGUCCAUAGAACUGCUCCGCUUGGUGGGAUCUGAGAAUGCAUACACACUGCAGCCGUUUUCCAGCUUUGCCCUGGAGAAGCAGUGUCUGGCCUUGUCUCUGGAUUGGUCCACUGGGAAAAUUGGAAGGGCCAGUGACCAGCCCUUGAAAGUCAUUAGCAGUGACUCCAAGGGGCAGCUCUACCUGCUAGAGGUGAAUGAGGAGGGGCCUGGGCUGCAGGAGGUGGCCAUGUGGCAAGCCCAUCACUUUGAGGCCUGGAUUGCGGCUUUCAAUUACUGGCAGACAGAAAUCGCUUAUUCAGGUGGGGACGAUGGUCUUCUGAAAGGCUGGGACACCAGGACACCUGGCACAUCUGUGUUCACUAGCAAGAGGCACUCCAUGGGUGUGUGCAGCAUCCGCAGCAGUCCCCAUCGGGAGAACAUCCUGGCCACGGGAAGCUAUGACGAACACAUUCUACUGUGGGACACCCGGAACAUGAAGCAGCCUUUUGCAGACAUGUCCGUGGGGGGCGGAGUGUGGCGGCUCAAGUGGCAUCCUUUCCACCACCACCUGCUCCUGGCAGCGUGUAUGCACGGUGGCUUUAAGAUCUUCAACUGCCAAAAGGCAAUAGAGGAGAAGCAGGAAGCCUGCACAGUCUCUGCAUCCCACACAUUGCCCAACUCAUUGGUGUAUGGAGCCGACUGGUCCUGGCUGUACGUCCACAAUCCAUUACAGACCUGCCGGUCAUGCUGCUCAGGUUCCUCUCCCUGCAGCAACUCAGGAGCCAAAGCAGCACAUCUCUCAAACCUGAAGGCUGUACACCAGUCACCGGCAUCGUCUUACGAUCAUUUAGCAGAGAAUGAUGAAGAAGGUCAUACCAUACUUCAGAGCGGAAGCAAACCGAGGACUUCUGUCCAGGCACUUGCAGAGGACAUGAUGAAGAGUGACAGCCAGCUGCACACUGCAGGGACCAAGGUUUGUGACUCUGACCUCUAUCUGGAAGCAGCGAACUUUGACAUCAGCUUCCUAACUACUUGCUCCUUUUAUGAUCAUAUCCUUCACCUCUGGAAGUGGGAAAACAUCUGAGCUGGGGAAGAGGUUGCUUGGCUUGAAGUCAAAGACCAUUUCCACAAAGAAAGCCCAGAGUGCGACUUUGUGAGUGAACUGCUGUCAGACCGUCUCAUUGAGAUUCCUACUGUAGUCUCCACAGGUGACUGUAUAGGGCUCAGUGUACCUUAUGUCCACGGUGUAAACAGUCAAAAAAGCUAUUGGCUUCUCUUAAAUAAACCUUAUCGGGGGCGCCUGGGUGGCUCAGUUGGUUAAGUGUUUAACUUGGGCUCAGGUCACAAUCUCACAGGUUUGUGAGUUCAAACCCCACAUCCGGCUCUGUGCUGAUGGCAAGGAGCCUGCUUGGGAUUGUCUCUCUUCCUCUCUUUGUAUGCCCAUCCCCCAUUCACAUGCAGUCUCUCUCAAAAAACUUUAAAAAAAACAAAGAUCACCUUAUCAUGGCACCAGAAGUGCUUGUAUUAGCCUCCUAUGCAGGUAAACAAAAGGAAGCCUACACACAUUGAAUUGCCUUAGCGUGUCAUAAACUUGAAAUAUUCCCCAUUGUGGCGUUAGUAACCUGAGUAGCUUCCGAAGCUUGGACACAUACUAACUCCAAGAACAUAACUGGGUUUGUGACUCAUCUGACUCCCAUAGUUCAUUCUUGUCUCUCUGGAAGGAACAGUAGUUGAAGUGCAGGCUAGUGUAGAAUUUGUCAAAUUUCUACCAAUAUUGUUGUAGGUGAUCAGAGUCAGAAAACACACACUUCUUUAUUUUCUGAUGAAAAUAUAGGGUCAGAACAUGUAAGAAAUCACUCUGUUAAAGUGAUCAUUUCCCAGCUAAUGGUGCAUUUAUUUCAACACAAGAAUUUGAACCCUCCUUAAGAGUUUGUGUUAAUGGUAUUUAACUAAGGGUCAAUUAAAUAUGAAGCAGAAUACGUAAGACUUCAGGGACUAUGCACUGAAACCGGGGAACCCAGAGGGGAGACUGUAGACGACGGGAGGUUUUGCCCCCAGAAUAGUUGUUUUUCAACCCAUAAAGAAUAUGCUGACUGGUUUCGGGAGUGAAGAAUCUGGGGGGACAGAUAACCAGUGUUGUCAUGUGGCACCAUGUGCCUUGUGAAUUCUCCUUCCGUGUCUUCUCGCCCUUGGCCUACCUCCCCAGAACUUUUUGGUUGGGAAGACAGUGCUUCCAGUUACACCGGGAACAGGGCCUCU